AUGUCAAAUAAUGGCUUAAUCGCCUCAGGAAAUCAUCAAAUAACCAGUAAACACUUUGUUGAUAGAACAGCACAAGAAAUUCUUUGAUCUUAUGCUCCCAUCAUAAAAAAAGAAGAAACCAAACAAUCUUCAAUAACUUCCCAUGACAAAGGAAACUAUAAAUUUGAGCUCGGUGGGAUGCUUGUUUAUGAUAUUAAAGCAUUGCUACAAAUAGCAGGAAAGCCCCAAAUAAUUACUAGCGAAAACAAACCUCAGAGAAAUGCCAAGCCUCAUAUAGAGAAAUUUAAUGAAGAUAUGCCUGACUCUGAGCUUGAAGCAUUUUUUAAAGCAAAAGCUUAUAAACCAUGCCCUGAAUUUAAACCAGAGUAUUCAUUAGAGAUUCCUAAUGAUCAGACAACGCUAAUUUUUGACAGCAAAUUUGAAUCAGGAAAUCUGGAUAAAGUUAUAAAGUUAUCUGAUUUUGAAUAUAAAUUAUUUAUUCGUUCCGAUACAGAAACAUCACGGCAUAACCACUGGUAUUAUUUUUCUGUUAAAAAUUUCAGACCAAUAACAGUGACAUUCAGAAUUGAAAAUAUGCUUAAACGAGACCCUCUUUAUAGAGCUGGAAUGAAGCCGCUGGUAUGAUCUACAAUUCUGUAUGAAACAGAAGAAAAAGAAUGAUAUAGAGGAUGCUAUGAUAUUAGCUAUGAAAAAAAUGAAGACUAUGCUCCUGAAUAUUUGGAUCAUUCUUAUUACUGUCUUAGUUUUAAAUAUAAUUUUCAAUAUACAAAUGAUCUUGUUUAUUUUGCAUAUGCUUAUCCUUAUACUUAUACAGAUUUAUUGGAGUAUUUGUCAGAUAUAGAGCAGAAUAAUGAAAUUUUAAGAAUAAAUCCUCUGUGUCAGACUCUUGGAGGAAAUAUUUGUAAAAUGCUGACUAUUACUGAGAAUGUGCAAAGUUAUAUAUCUUUUGAAGAUGAAAGCCAUGAAUGAGGAUUAAGCUCUAGUGGGAGAAGAAUACUUAAAAUGAGGAAACAAAAAUUAGAAAGACAAAGUUCUUUGAGUGGCAAAACAAUAAUCGAUGAGCAUUCGCAUAAAAAGGGCAUUGUUUUAACAGCGAGAGUUCAUAGUGGAGAAACAGUCUCAUCUUUUAUGAUAAAAGGAGCUAUUGAUUUUUUGUUAGGAAAUACUUAUCAAGCAAAACUUCUAGAUCUCUCCUUAUUUAAAAACGGAAUUGUAAUUGAUUUUUCUUCAAAUUGCUAGCUUUUAAUAAUGCAAAAAUUUCCUACGAUUUUUAGAAUUUUUUUAGAAAUUUAUUAUUGAAUGAAAUUUGAGAUUGGUGGGAAAAUUAUUAACUUUAGAAUAAAAAUUCCAUAGGUGAGUCUUAUUAUUUGAAAUAAAACCACUUGCGUUAUUGUUUUCCAUAUCUUAAAUAACUUUCUCUCGUGUGGGAUCAGUGAAUAAUAGAGUAGUAAGAAAAAAAUUUGUCUUUCGAAUAAUCCCAAUGCUAAACGUUGACGGAGUCAGAUAUGGGAAUUCUCGAUGCUGCUUAUUAGGAAUUGACCUAAACCGAAGGUGAGAAAAACCAAAUAAAAUUUUACAUCCCACUAUUUUUUAUGCUAAAAAAAUGAUAGAAGUUUUUAAUGAAAAAAACGAAAUAAUCAUGUGUUGCGAUAUGCAUGGGCAUUCAAAGAAAAAAAAUGUGUUUAUGUAUGGCUGCAAUGUAAAAAGCUAUGAAGCCAUUCCUCAAAGGAAAAAUCUCUUACUCCCCACUUGGUUAAUGAGCAAAACUUUUCUGCUAGAAGGGAUUAAUUGGUUUUUAGAAAAUUAUAUAAAAUUUAUUUAUAAAAAAUAUCUAUAUUUGUAAAUAAAUAUUUGAAAUGAAAAUAUUAUAUAAUUUAUAAAAUUAUGCUUUUCAAAAUGUAACUGUUUAAAAUUCUAUAUAAUUAGCAGGGAUCUUAUUAAUUAUAUUUCAAAUUAUUAUUUGUAAAAAAUUUUAUACUCGCUAAUAAAGAUGUUUAAUUUUUCCAAAAAUAGAGAUAUUUCUAAUAAUUUUUCACUAACUAAUAGGCGGAGUUAGCUAAGGUAAUUCCACUUUUAUUGUCCCGAAAAAAUAAAUGUUUUAGUUAUUUUGAUUCUCAUUUCCGUAUGGAAAAAUCCAAAUUUUCUACAGAAAGAAUUGUUGUUUAUAAUGAAAUGGGCAUAGCUCACUCUUAUACGCUUGAAGCUUCAUUUUUUGGCCCUAGAAGUUCUAAAGCUUUUGAUAAUUUCCAAGGAGACAUGCAUAUGAAAAAAUCCCAUCUAGAAAAAAUAGGUGCUGACUUAUGUGAAUUAUGCUUGACGUUUGCAUCCCCUACGCUUUAUAUGAGAAGAGUAAGGCGUGUCAAUGAUACAUUAAGAAAAAUUCUAUUUGCAAGACCUGCAUACAAAGAGAAGAAAAUAAUUAUGCCAUUUCUAUAUGAAUUUCUAUUCAAUUUGCUAUAUUGUGAAGGAAAUUAUUAUUCAUCAGUAUUUAAGAUAAGAAACAAAAUGGAAAUAAUAUUAAUGAUACAAAUAACACUGUUGAAGAUAAUGAAUCAAGUGCUGAAGAACAGUCUAUAGACUAUGAGGGAAGCUCAGAUGAAGGUGACGUGAACAAAUUAAUAGAAAAUGACGAAAAAAAUCAUAAAGGCAGCCAAAUAUGAGAAAAUGAUGAAGACUGGGAAGAUAUUGAUAUUGUCAAUAUUUCUGAUAGUGGUACUGAAAGCAGUGGAAGCGAUUCGUCAUUAAGCGAAGCUGAAAUUAUAAAAUGCUCAAAUUUCAAGUCAGAGAGAAAAUCCCGAGAAAGCAUAAAAUCUCUGAAAUUUAGAAGAAACAGCAUAAAGUCCAAGUUUCUAACGAGAGAUAAAUCAGUAGCAAAAAAUGUGACGAGAGAUAAAAGUGACGAAGAAUCAAAACAAUCAAAUACUUUUGAUAACGCACAAAACCUACCUGAUCCUCAUAUUUCUCCUAAAAAAUCUUUUCGUUCCUCAAUCAGACUUGAUUCCAAAAAGAAUUUCGUAAGUAUCCCAUUCAGUACAGUACUAAAGCAUUCCUCAUUAGUAGACACUGAUAAAAUUGAGCCUGAAAUCCAACCUUUAAUGCCAAUAACAGCUAGAGAAGUGCCUAUUUCAUUUAGGGAUAAUCCUAGUGAAAGAAUUCAAGGACCUUUAGACAUUCUAGCAAAGAUAAAAGAAGUGGAAUCUGCCUAUAUGAAAAAAUCAGUUAUUUAUAAAUCAGAUUCAAAGGAACUGCAUUAGUUAUUAGCACAAAUUUAGCAUCUAUAUGCCAUGCCGCUUUUCCAUGCUUCUGCUGAUAAACUCACCAUGGUAUGGUGCCCAUCAUACAUCGGACUCGACCUGAUCCUGGUCACCAAUGCGGCAACUUUCCAUCAAUUUUUAGCACUUAAGACAUUCUUCAAGCUCCAGAAAAGCCAGCUUAAGCCUGUCAGGCAGUUUAAAGGUGCUUGUCUAAAUGUCUGGGAUUGGCAAAACAUCAAGAAAAUUCUAUUUUUCUUGAAAUUGCCCUCCAGCGCUGCUCAUCACUGGGCUUAAAGCUUCACCAUUGUCAGGAUAUAUUCGCUAAUUAAUGCCAAGCCUCAUGCCAAAAUACGAAGAGAAGAAUUUUCGGCCGGGAACAGAAAAUUUGAAUGUCUCUCCAUAUUUUGUUUAUCAAAGGAAAUUUACAAAUAUAAAAAAGUUGAAAGAGAUGAUAUUUAUAGGCCAAAAAGUAUAAGAGCAACAAAAAGGCCACUACUGAAAUUACCGGGACACGAGAAUAGAAACUCAAUAAAUUCGACACAGAGAUCUAGGCCAAGUAAUCAAAGUAAAGCUGAUGAAAGAGAAUCAAUUAGUGUUCUAAACCCAAUUUUGUCUUCUCUUAUACAAGAAAAACUGUCUAUUAGUGAAAUCCACAACACUAACUACUUGAGCCCAAGGGAUCUAGCAAGAAAUAAUGCAAAUCUAACUCGUUUCCAUGUAAAAAAUAUCACAUUAUACUUGAAAAACUAAUAUUCGCUACUGUAUAUUAUUAUUUACAAAACAAGACAUUAAUACCUUUUUUUGCUAUAAUAAAUAAUCCAAAAUAUAAUACAAAACACUUUCCAAAAAAUGCGCCAUCGGAAAAAAUAA